CCGUCGCAGGCAUGGCCCACGGCCGGUCCCACAGGCGCUCCAGGAGCCGCAGCCGCAGCGCCUCCCACGGGCCGCCAGAGCAGGGGGAGAGGAGGAAGAGGAGGAGGAAGAGCAGUAAGGACGGUGGGAGGAGCCCGUCUGCCUCAGGCUCUCGGGGCCCACGGAGCAGCCUGGCCUCCAAUGGGGAAGAGAGAAGCAGGGACAAAGCCCGGAAGAGAAGGCGGCCCAGGUCCUCCUCUUCUUCCUCCUCCUCCUCUUCUCCCUCCUCUUCCUCUUCCUCGGGGGCCUCCAGUGGGGGCAGGAAAAAGCGUGGGAAGCGUAAGGACAAGAAGAGCUCAAAGAAGAAGGCAAAGAAGAAGCUGAAGAAGAAGAAGAAGAAGAAGGAGAAGAAGAAGGAGAAGGAGAAGGCGACCAAGGCCAAGGUGGUGGAGGAGAUGCCGGGCCCCUCGCUGGACCAGUGGCGGAAAGAGCCCCUGGUGGAGAGCGGCCCAGUGCUGACAGAUGAGCAGAAGUCCCGCAUCCAGGCCAUGAAGCCAAUGACCAAAGAGGAGUGGGAUGCCCGGCAGAGCGUCAUCCGCAAGGUGGUGGACCCUGAGACAGGUCGUACGAGACUCAUUAAGGGGGAUGGUGAAGUUCUGGAAGAAAUUGUCACCAAAGAGAGACACAAGGAGAUUAACAAGCAAGCCACAAGGGGCGACGGGCUGACCUUCCAGAUGCGAGCAGGUCUGUUGCAGUAAGACCCCAGCCUCCUUCCUUCGACUUCCUGGUCCCCGGUGUCUGCCCCUGACUACUGUCUCCAUGGACUUGGGGGGCUUCCUGGGAGAGUAAUGCCGGCUCACCCAGGUGAGGGGAAUGGCUCCAGCUUGAAGAUGCUGGGCAUUACCGCUGUCCUACCCACUGCCUGAGAUCAGCUGCCUAGGCCAGUGUGUGAAGGGGGUUUAUGAGCUCAGGGACUGGCCCAAGCAAGAAAUGCAUGUUGAUGCCCACCAAGAGUCCAGGAGACCCAGACGGUGCCUGCAUUUUCACUAUCCUCCCUCCUGUAGGGAGUACCCGGGGUGGGGGAGCGUAGGGUCAUCUGACCAGGCCUGGCUGUCCUUGCCCCCAGACUUAGGCCCAGCUAAGAAGCUGCCACCCAAGAAAGGUGGGUGGCAGUGAGGAGCUUUGGAGGCUGGGCUCAUAGAGUAGCUCAUCAGAGCUCUCUAGAAGGGGCAGGGGAAGGGGCAAGGGCCCCCUGGCUUGGUGGUGCCUGGGCCGCAUGAAUCCAACUCUUGUCCCUUCUGUUUCCACCUAAGGGGUUCUGCUAACAAUAAAGCCCAAUCCAGCCUCA